UUCAAAGAGGAUGGCCUUGGCCAUGGCAAUGGCGCCCGCGCACGCAAGAUCCUGCGCGAGGAUCGAGUGGAAUGGAAGAAUGCAGCGCAGUGAGGUAAAUUCACGGCCCCGGUCCUGGCAUGUACGAGCAGCAGCGGGAGGAAAUGGAGCCGCCAAUGUCGUUCUUGACAAAGAAGAGGCGGCGCCGAGCUAUGGGCGACAGUAUUUUCCCCUGGCAGCGGUCGUCGGCCAAGAAGCUAUCAAGGCCGCAUUGCUUCUGGGAGCUGUGGACAAUGGCAUUGGCGGAAUUGCGGUUGCUGGUAGACGCGGGACUGCCAAGACUGUCUUAGCUCGCGGCCUACACGCACUACUUCCGCCUAUAGAGAUUGUCGCUGGCUCCAUCGCGAAUGCCGAUCCAUCUCAUAGCGAGGAAUGGGAAGAUGGUCUGGAAGAGAAAAUCGCUCUAGGAAGCGAUGGCAAGCCCGUGGUCGACGUUGUCAAAGCACCUUUCGUGCAGGUGCCACUCGGUGUUACAGAGGAUCGUUUGCUGGGCUCGGUGGACGUGGAGGAGUCGAUCAAGCAGGGAACCACUGUCUUUCAGCCGGGGCUGCUUGCUCAAGCUCAUCGUGGAGUACUUUACGUGGACGAGAUCAAUCUUUUGGACGAAGGCAUUAGCAAUCUUCUGCUCAACGUGCUGACUGAAGGGAUCAACGUGGUCGAGAGGGAGGGUGUGAGCUUUCGCCACCCUUGUAAGCCGCUCCUCAUUGCAACUUACAACCCGGAGGAAGGCGCUGUUAGGGAGCAUCUGCUAGAUCGUAUUGCUAUAAAUCUCAGUGCUAAUGCCGCACUUGAGUUUGAGGACCGAGUUUCAGCAGUCGAUAUUGCAACUCAGUUUCAAGAGAGUUCGAGACUGGUUAUGUCAAACUCCGCAGAAGCAACUGAGUCCGCAAGAACACAGAUAAUAUAUGCCAGGGAGUGGCUCAAAGAUGUAACAAUAGGUAGAGAGCAAACGAAGUAUCUCGUCAUGGAAGCCAUUCGUGGUGGCUGUCAGGGGCAUCGUGCGGAAAUUGGUGCUGUCAGAGUCGCCAAGGCAUUGGCGGCCUUAGAUGGCCGAGACAAAGUUGGCGUCGACGACUUGAAAAAAGCUGUCGAACUUGUGAUCAUUCCUCGCUCCACAUUGCAAGACGCACCAGAGCAGCCGAACAAUCAGUCACCUCCGCCACCGCCUCCUCCGCCUCCACAGAAUCAACAGGAAGAUCAGGAUAAAGACGAGGAAGACGACGAAGAAGAGGACGAUGACGAGAGUGAUGAGCAACAACAGGAGCAAGUUCCUGAAGAGUUCAUUUUCGAUGCUGAAGGGGGGCUUGUAGACUCCCAGCUGCUUUUCUUUGCACAGCAAGCCCAGCGUCGAAAAGGAAAGGCCGGACGUGCAAAGAAUGUCAUCUUCUCGGAGGAUAGAGGCCGGUAUAUCAAACCAAUGCUUCCUAAGGGUCCCGUCAGGCGGCUGGCCGUGGAUGCAACGUUGAGAGCUGCUGCUCCAUAUCAAAAGCUACGCAAGCAAAGAGCACUCGAGCAGGGUGUCUCCAGGAAAGUUUACGUAGAGCAGUCAGACAUGCGUGCAAAACGAAUGGCCCGCAAGGCUGGUGCUUUGGUGAUUUUCGUGGUGGAUGCAAGUGGAAGUAUGGCGCUGAAUCGUAUGAACAAUGCUAAAGGAGCGGCAAUGCAAUUACUUGCUGACAGCUAUACGAGCCGGGAUCAGGUUUCUAUCAUCCCUUUCCGAGGCGAUGCCGCUGAAGUCUUACUUCCACCAUCGCGCUCGAUUGCCAUGGCAAGAAAGAGGCUAGAGAGGUUGCCUUGCGGUGGUGGUUCUCCUUUAGCUCAUGGUUUGAGCACGGCUGUGAGGGUGGGACUAAAUGCUGAAAAGAGUGGCGACGUUGGACGGAUAAUGAUCGUUGCCAUCACUGACGGCCGGGCAAAUGUCUCGCUGAAAAAGUCUACCGGAGACCCGGAAGCUAUUGCUCCAGACGCUCCCAGGCCAUCGCAGCAGGAACUCAAGGAUGAGAUCAAAGACAUCGCGGGAAAAAUUUACAAAACAGGGAUGUCACUGCUGGUGAUCGACACAGAGAACAAGUUCAUCUCCACUGGGUUUGCUAAGGAGAUUGCGCGACUUGCUCAAGGAAAGUACUACUAUCUUCCAAACGCUUCCGACGCGGUAGUAUCCGCCGCAACCAAAGAGGCACUCACGGAUCUCAAGAACAAGUGAGAGUCGAGGGUCACUGUGAGCGCCGCUCAGAUUUUGAGAGCUUGUCUAAAAAGCUGCUGAGCCAAUGUAAGAUUUCUUCUUGCCAAUGUAAUAGUAAUGUAAUAGUCUGUUCUUACAGAGGUACUGUAGUCCGAUUGGAAAACCAGCCUUCUAGGUAGUACUAAAAGAAUGGAAAAUACUUAUUCUAAAAGGGUUGGAGAGGGCCGAGUGAUGGAGUCUGGCAAGCCCAGCCGGAGCGAUGAUCUCUUGUCGCCCGAGGAGCAAUCGCGCCUGGCGGCGCUAGUCCGCGAGCAUUUCGAUUCAUCGGCGCCGAGGCGAGCGCCAAAGCCUGCUCGGAGCGAGGGAGGAUCGGAUCAGCCCUGGAGCUGCGAUGGAGGGCCGGUGAUCAGUCCCGAGGAGCAGCGCUUGCGGCAGCUACUGGCCGCAUCCGAGCGUCUUCCGAAUGGCAUGGGUGUUGUGAGCAGCGACGAUUAUACAGAGAACGAGUACUACAAGGGGCUCAACUCUGUUGGCUGCGAUUCUCAACACUACACCACUGGCAAUGGUUUCAUUGCUAUCGAGAAAAAUGGUGGCACGUCUCCUGAAGUUCUUGACGCUCAAAGGGUGGUAGUGAAUCGCUCCAGACCCUGCUACAAAAGCAAUCCAGCUACAAAUGACUGGGAGCCGAGCCCAGCGAUGGUGUUUACCAAGUCCUUGAAGCCUUCACGAAGCGACCCUUGAUAAGAACAACGCUUUGGUCUAAAAAACAUUUGUAAGUUUAUGUCGCGUCUUUAUUUGUCUUUUGCUCGCUCGCUUCGGUGCAAAGAUGGAAGUAAAACUCUAUCAGCAUAAAUAAUCAAUCGCGAUUACGUGACA